AUAAUUCUCUCCGUUGGGUCCUUUAGGCUACAUCAGUUCUCCAACAACAAUUGACCUCUCUGUUAAUUUCUCACGCUCAGCAAUUUGAAUUGUGAAAUAGAAACGGGUCAGUGGUAACAUUUGCUUUAAAGAUCAGUUUUGGAUCUUUCCUUAGUAGUCUAAAAUUCGGCUAUACCAGAUGGCACCUGGAUGAGCAUCGAGAUAACACGACCACCAUCUUAUACUGGUCAACAGUAACGAACUUGGUUUCAUUUAAUGCAACCUAUGGUUACUAUGUAGAAAAAUACUACUGAAACUAAAAGCUUGUUCUUCCUGAUACUCCUUCACUUGCGAGCUUGGAGUUGCUCCCGAACUCAACAGGCUUAAGAGCUUACGGGCUGAUUGGGGAGAGGAGUUGGGUGGGGUGGAGUUGUGUGGCCGAAGGAGCUAUUAACACAUUGUAGAUCACCUGAUUCAUUAGCAUCAAUUUCAUGAUUUAUUAACUCCUUACAUUGUGGAUCUAUGACUAAACAACUUUACUCAUCAUUCCCUCGUGGGUUAUGGCCUAAUUUUCAUUUCUCCAACCACAUUUCUGGAAUAUGUCAGUUCCCGUUUCAUGCUAGUUCAAUUGUUCCCCACGUAAAAAAUUCCAUGCCACGCCUCUGCUGUCAAGCCUCGCUUCGGGCUUCUACUUCUUUUCCUGAAAAUCGUGUGGCUGAAGAGAGGAGUUCUAUUUCAGUAUCUUCCAUUGAGACGAUACCAAAGAUUGACAAGAGCGGCAAAUUUUGUAGUCCGAGAGCUGCUAGAGAGCUUGCUUUGUCAAUUGUUUAUGCAGCUUGUUUAGAAGGCUCUGAUCCCGUUCGGCUCUUCGAGAAAAGGUUAAAUUCCCGACGAGAAUCAGGAUAUGAAUUUGACAAGACAUCGUUGAUGGAAUAUAAUCAUAUGAGCUUUGGAGGUCCGCCAGUUACCGUGGAAACAAUUGAAGAAGCAGAUGAGCUUUUACGCAAGGAUGAAAGGGAUUCUACAAUUGAGGCAGAAAUCCUCGCAGCCCCACCAAAGAUGGUCUACAGCAAACUGAUCUUACGGUUUACACGAAAACUUUUGGUUGCAGUUGUGGACGGAUGGGACAAUCGUGCGCUUAAAAUUGAAAAAGUCAUUCCUCCAACUUGGAAGAACAAGCCAGCAGGAAGGAUUCUGGAGCUUUGUAUUCUCCACCUGGCGAUGUCUGAAAUAACGGUUAUUGGAACAAGGCAUCAGAUUGUAAUUAAUGAGGCCGUUGAUCUUGCAAAACGGUUCUGUGAUGGAGCAGCACCUCGUAUUAUUAAUGGGUGCCUUAGGACCUUUGUAAAGGACAUCAAAGAGACCGAUUCAACGCCUGCUCGAGAGAAGCAAGAAGUCCGUGCAUGACCCUGAACUUUUGGGGUGCCUCAGAGCCUUUGUAAGGAUUUUGAAGAAUUUGACUCAACUCAUGCUGUGGCGCAGAAUCACUUUCAAACAUGCUCGAAGCUUGUUACUGUCGACAGCAGCCAAAGUGAAGUGAUUUGAAGAAUCUCUCGUACUUGCCGCAAUUCACAGUUAGAAUUUCUCUCCCGUUCUCCAUGUAGCUGUGAAUUUCUGUUAUAUCUAAUUAUCCAUAGAGUUGAGUAAUGAGGUGCAUCGGUGUGAGAGAAUGAAUUGUCAGAUUUACCCAGUACUGGGAGACAUGUUAUCAUAUGCACAAUAUUAUCAGUGUAGCAAGUUUUGAGGAAGGCGUGAUGUGUCGUGGUCGUGUUUGUCCUGUGUCCCCAUGGCAGCAUACCUUUGGCAACCUCUUUUUUGUCAUGUUUUCAUUAUGUGUAUUUUACUUUGCCUUUUUUUUUUC